UCCCACAUUUUAGAAAACUAUUUUGUGGGUUUUUUCUUUUUGUUUUUUGUUUUACUAUUUUACCACUUUGCUCUGCUGUGGUAACUUCAGCUCUUUGCUGAGAUAUUGGAUUAUGUUACUGUUGAAACCGUCUGCAGGGAGCUGAGCCAGGGAAGGAAGAAUGCGGGUCCAUUUAAUGGUGUUCUGCCUUAUUUCCUACACCGUGAAUGGGCAAAUAGAGUAUUCCAUCUCCGAAGAAACUGAACGUGGUGUGUCUGUUGGGAAUAUAGCAAAGGAUUUAGAAAUAGAUGCAACUACACUUUCACUCCGGAAAUUUCGCAUGCUCACCAGUUCAAAACGAACCCCUCCCGCAGCGGCUGCUGUUCAGGGUGCUGCCCAGUGGAUGAGCAUGACAAGUAUCGCUUCAACGUGCGCAUGCUCCCAAGAUCUCAUUUAACACCUGACAUGGUGGAGGUCUCAGGAGUGGGCAAACUGACCCAGACCUAUUUGUACAGAGCUUCUUUGGGUGUUGGUCCUAGCAAUAAC